CCGAGGCCAGUUUUUUUUUUUUUUUUAACCGGGCCUCAUAAUUUUUGUUACGUGAUAUAUGUUUUCUGAUAGCUGAGAGUCAGGUCUGUACGUGGUAAAACCGUCAGAGAAUCAGUUACCAUUUGUACUACUCCAUUCCCCCAAUAAAUACAUGUGUGUGUAUUGAUGACCAAAUUAAACGAAGUGAACUCACAAAAUUAAGUCCCUCACACUAGCUCAGCAUUAGUUGCUGUGGAUCUUCAGCAUCUCAAAUAAUUAAUAAUGUUGCCUUACUCCUCCUUGCAAGAGGCUGAAACUGCGAUUGGUCGAUCUCUCACCACUGCGGAAACCUUAUGGUUCAAGUACUCUGCCAACAAGUCCGACUACGUCCUCUACUGCCACAACAUUCCCUUAAUUUUCUUCCUAACAACUUUCUUACCUCUCGUCUAUGUGGUUAUCGAAUAUCUCUUUCCUGAUUAUGCUGCCUCUUACAAGAUCCAACCCAAGAUUAAAGUUUCUUUAUAUGACAACUUCAAAGUUUACUUGGGUGUAAUGCGAACAUUUAUCCUCUUGGUCGUACCCAUACUACUCGCCUCUCAUCCUUCUAUCCAAAUGAUUGGUAUUCGAACAAGCUUGCCCUUACCGUCGCUAAUGGAGAUUGCGUCUCAAUUGCUCGUCUACUUUCUUAUUGAGGACUACACCAAUUAUUGGAUCCAUAGAUUUUUUCACUGCAAGUGGAUGUAUGAGAAUAUUCAUGUUGUUCAUCACGAAUUCACGGCACCUACGGGGUUUGCUACCCAGCAUGCACACUGGAUUGAGAUUUUGGUGUUUGGGAUUCCAUCUUUUUUGGGUCCUUCCAUUGCUCCGGGACACAUGGUUACAUUCUUGUUGUGGCUUGCCUUGAGGCAGUUUGAGGCUGUCGAGAAUCACAGUGGAUACGACUUUCCGUGGACAUAUAAGAAAUUGAUCCCAUUCUCUGCUGGUGCGGAAUAUCAUGACUAUCACCAUUACGUUGGAGAGAAGAGCCAAAGCAACUUUGCACCUAUCUUUACCUACUGUGACUACCUAUAUGGAACAGACAAGGGCUACAGGUACCGUAAGAAACUUCUGCAGUUAAAAGAUGGCUCAAAAAGCGACGUUAGGCUGCAAAAUGGUGGAACAUAUGCUUAUGAAACAGGUGUGAAAAAGGAGUGAUAUAUGAUCGAUCGAUCAAGACUACGACAACAGCUGGAUGGAGACCAAUUGUGUUGAGUUUCCGCGUUUGCUAGCUAUAUAUAUACACGUCGUCGUUCAUCACCAAAUCUUAGCUAUAUUUCUAUUUACGUACUAGCAUCCUCGAUCAUCAGAAUUACUUCCUUUGGGUAGUUUCUGAUCAAUAAUAUAAUAAUACUCACUAUAUAUGUACUUAUGCUAUAUAUAUAUAUACACACUACUCGUAAUAUUAUUAUCUACUUAAA